GUCACGGGGGCUGAGGGAGGCCGCGUCGCCUCCGGCGGGGCUCGCGCUCACCCUCACGCUCGCCCUCCGCCUCGCCGGAGCCCCGCGAGGGUGAAACGCUUUCUCCCGGCAUGCAGCGGGAGGAGGGAUUUAACACCAAGAUGGCGGACGGCCCGGAUGAGUACGAUACCGAGGCGGGCUGCGUGCCCCUUCUUCAUCCAGAGGAAAUCAAACCCCAAAGUCAUUAUAACCAUGGAUAUGGUGAACCUCUUGGGCGGAAAACUCAUAUUGAUGAUUAUAGUACAUGGGACAUUGUCAAGGCUACACAGUAUGGGAUAUACGAACGUUGCCGGGAAUUGGUUGAAGCAGGUUAUGAUGUACGGCAGCCAGACAAAGAAAAUGUAACACUUCUUCAUUGGGCUGCCAUCAAUAACAGAAUAGAUUUAGUCAAGUACUAUAUUUCUAAAGGUGCUAUUGUGGAUCAACUUGGAGGAGACCUGAACUCGACUCCAUUGCACUGGGCCACAAGACAAGGCCAUUUAUCCAUGGUUGUGCAGCUAAUGAAAUACGGUGCAGAUCCUUCAUUAAUUGAUGGGGAAGGAUGUAGCUGUAUUCACCUGGCUGCUCAGUUUGGACAUACCUCAAUUGUUGCUUAUCUCAUAGCAAAAGGACAGGAUGUAGAUAUGAUGGAUCAGAAUGGAAUGACACCUUUAAUGUGGGCAGCUUAUAGAACACAUAGUGUGGAUCCAACUAGAUUGCUUUUAACAUUCAAUGUUUCAGUUAACCUUGGUGACAAGUAUCACAAAAACACUGCUCUGCACUGGGCAGUACUAGCAGGGAAUACAACAGUCAUUAGUCUUCUUCUGGAAGCUGGAGCUAAUGUUGAUGCCCAGAAUAUAAAGGGUGAAUCAGCACUUGAUUUGGCAAAGCAGAGAAAAAAUGUGUGGAUGAUCAACCAUUUGCAAGAGGCAAGGCAAGCAAAAGGAUAUGACAAUCCAUCUUUCCUCAGAAAGCUAAAAGCCGAUAAGGAAUUCCGGCAGAAAGUAAUGCUAGGAACUCCUUUCCUAGUUAUUUGGCUGGUUGGGUUUAUAGCAGACCUAAAUAUUGAUUCUUGGCUCAUUAAAGGGCUAAUGUAUGGUGGCGUUUGGGCUACAGUACAAUUUCUUUCAAAGUCUUUUUUUGAUCAUUCAAUGCAUAGUGCAUUGCCCCUUGGAAUAUAUUUGGCAACCAAAUUCUGGAUGUAUGUGACAUGGUUCUUUUGGUUUUGGAAUGAUCUCAACUUUUUAUCUAUUCAUCUUCCGUUCCUUGCUAAUAGUGUUGCACUUUUCUACAAUUUUGGAAAAUCUUGGAAAUCAGAUCCAGGGAUUAUUAAAGCUACAGAAGAACAAAAGAAAAAGACAAUAGUUGAACUUGCAGAGACGGGAAGUCUGGACCUCAGUAUAUUCUGUAGUACCUGCUUGAUUCGGAAACCAGUGAGGUCCAAACACUGUGGUGUGUGCAACCGUUGCAUAGCAAAAUUUGAUCACCAUUGCCCAUGGGUGGGUAACUGUGUAGGUGCAGGCAACCAUAGAUACUUUAUGGGCUACCUAUUCUUCUUGCUUUUUAUGAUCUGCUGGAUGAUUUAUGGUUGUAUUUCUUAUUGGGGACUUCAUUGUGAGACCACCUACACCAAGGAUGGAUUUUGGACAUAUAUUACUCAGAUUGCUACUUGUUCACCUUGGAUGUUUUGGAUGUUUCUGAAUAGUGUUUUUCAUUUCAUGUGGGUGGCUGUGUUACUCAUGUGUCAGAUGUACCAGAUAUCAUGUUUAGGCAUUACAACAAAUGAAAGAAUGAAUGCAAGAAGAUACAAGCACUUUAAAGUUACAACAACAUCUAUUGAAAGCCCAUUCAACCAUGGAUGUGUAAGGAAUGUUAUAGACUUCUUUGAAUUUCGAUGCUGUGGCCUCUUUCGUCCUGUUAUCGUGGACUGGACCAGACAAUAUACAAUAGAAUAUGACCAAAUAUCAGGAUCUGGGUACCAACUUGUCUAGCAACAUCUUUAUCCAAUGAAGCAUAUUGCUGAGUGGUGCCUGAAAAUUGUGUCUGUCUGUGUCUCUCACACUCAAAUCCACAUCCUUGGAACAAUAGCAUGCUAUGUGUAGAGCUAACAGUGAAUUUUACAGUCUUUUUUUUUUUUCAACACUUUUAUUAAUAAAAGUAAACAUGGACAGAACACACUGCCACUUCUGGAAAGAAUAAAGAUCAUAAAAAUAAUUUUAAUGGUUCUUAAUGUGGGAAUUCACAACAUACUCAACCUUUGGUUUUUGUUCUCAUAACAUUUUUCACAGAGUGCACUUACUCUGUUGAUAGACAUGGCAUACUGAUCAGAAAUGUUCCGUUCUAACCAAAACUAAAUUUAUGUUAUGUGGUAAACUUUAUGAUGCAAUACUAGGGAGUAUUUCAUCUAAUUCCAAGAAGAUUGUCUUAAAGUGAUUGAUUAAUAUUGUGUACAUUUUAGAAUGUACAUGUGAAUACUGUAAUGAGAAUCAUGUGGUUUUAUUAGGGAUCUACUAUAAUGUGUCUUCAAAGACACAGGAAAUAAUGUUCACAAAGAAAUGUGCUAUUUUGUUUCCAUCAGCUGUUGCAAUGCUGGCCUAUUUCUAGUUCAGUGAAAUAAUUUGUAGUAACCUUGCUCUGAGGUUUUAUGGUCUGAUAAUAAAGCACUUGCAUGAGAAUACUAAGUCAUAUUAUUCUGUUGAAAUUUAAAUGCCCUACUAAGUGCAUGAUACACUGCAUAGAUUGUAUAUUAUCAGAUAAUAUCCAGUGAAGCAUAAAUUACAAUUUAAUUUCAUGUGCAAACCUUCAAAUUUUUAAGAGUUGGGAUUUCCAACAAAAGGCAAAAUAAGCUCGUGCAAAAUUCUCAGUAAUAGAGAUAGAUGGAUGUAUUUUUCAAAUUCUGAGCUGCAAGCUGAAAAACAAAUUGUAGGAAAAAACCAACAGUUUAAGCUGAAGAUGGAGCAUGACCUCUGUACAUAGCACAUGUGAAUAAAAGAAAAGCUAAUGGUACAUUCCUGUGUUUUUAAAUAACCUAAGAAAAAGUAGAAUUUAACCCCCCAAAUCAUUUCAAUUUUCUUUCCAGUAUUGAAUGUUCUGAAGUUUGUUAAUGCUGUCAGAAACAAUUUCAGGAAGAUUUUGUUGCUGUUAAAUGUGAUGCACUGAUCAGUUUUUGUUGCAGCAUUUCCAUAUCCUCAUGGUGAACUACUAGUCACUGCUUCAUGAGUAUUGUUUACAGAGUGAGACUUGGUUUAGUCCUCUUUAAAUGCUGUAGCAAACUGUGGUUCCAGCAACCUGUGGGAAACCUGUGAGAGGGAAUAGGGUAGAGGGAGGGUCCAGGGAGGGAGGUCAAACUCAUGACAGAUGCUAUACCAGUGUAAAGAAUGUGUAUCUGUAUAUAAAUAAUUUAUCAAGUAGUUUUCUUAAGUGUCUGUGUAUUAGUGUUUUUAAUGCUGCUCAUCUCAUUUUUUCCAACCAAAAAAGAAAAGGGAGAUAUUAAUGAGCUUCCAGUGAUGUUCAAUAUUGCUGUUAAUAGGCAUUAUACUCUGCAAGUUCACUGCAUGCCUGAUGCUUGGUAAAAAUUAGUAUUCCCUGUAAAAUGCAAAAAGUACAGGUAUUAAAGCAAUCUAGUGGUAUACCCGCCCCUUGCCUUAGUAAGAGGAGCAGUGAAAAUGUAUAUAGUUGAUGUUCAGUAUUUCCAAGUACUACCAUUUUUAUAUAGUAAUUUCUUUGACCACAGUCAGACAUCAAAAAGAUGACCCUUAGUGUACCUGAGUGUUUUAAUAUUAGAAAAUUGGCAUAUGUACUUUAUUUUUGAAAAGGGAAGAGAUGGGUGUGGGGUGGCAAUAGCAUCGUGGCAUUUUGUCAUAGGAUGUAAAAAAAUUGGUUUAACUGUACAAAAGUCUCUGAUAGUUUUGAUUAAUAAUUGGGGGAAAUUUUAGAUAAUUUUUUAAUUCAAAGUUAUUUAUAAAAUACUAGGAUUUGUUUUAAUUUUUUUGUAUUUUGAUCACUUCACAUGAAGACUCAGUUGUAAUUUUUAUCAAAUACAUUUUUAUCUACAGUUAAAAGACUGAUGGUUUUCUCGGAAUUAUAGUAAGAAUGUUGUUACCAUGUGCUUUCUUUGUGGUACGAUAUUCUUUUCAGUACAAAAGAGAUGCCUCUCAGUUAAACAGGGGAAAAAAAACUCUUUUAAUUGUGUUAGUUGAAAAUACUUGCAAGGAGAAUCCUUUUAGUACUAACCAUUUCAUAGCAGCAGUGAAUCUACAACUCAGAAUUGUCAGAUGGCUGGGAGCCAGCUUUGCAGCAGUAUGCCAUCUGCUUAAUUAUUUCGUAGGUCCUGUGUUGAACUAGUAACCUAGCUCUAAAGUUGGCUAUGAGGUUAAGUUUUUGGGAAUAGUUGAUAUAUAUUAAUUGGAUUCUUUCAGGAAAUAAGAACUUAAUUCUCAGCUGUAAACAAGAAUUACUUCUUUGGGGUUUUUCAUUCAUUUUGUUGUUUGUAGGAAUUAAUUUGAAAUAUUAACAGACAUAAAAUGGCAUCAUACUUAAGCUAUGGAUGUUUUUAAUUUGUGUUUAUUUAUAACUGUGCCAAGUAUUAUUUUGCUACUUACUGUGUUACUUUGUGGAAAGGAAAACCUGUAAAGUGUUUAAUAAAUUAGUUCUCCUUAUAUAAAUCUGUCAAAAUUUUGUAAAAUAUUAAUCAGAAUAAAUAUUGACUCUUAA